GUAUGUUUCUUUGCUCCUUAAAACCAUAUAAUUUUCUAAAUCCAUACAAUUACUUUUUAAUCGGCAAGAAUUUUUGGAAUAAAAUUGUUUAUCGAAUUUUGUCGAGUUGAAGAACAUGUCUUCGUGGAAGAAAGCAGCAAAAGCAACUCAAAAAACUCAUCGGGAAAGACAUCAACCGGAAUCGCGUAAACAUUUGGGUCUUCUAGAAAAGAAGAAAGACUACGUCUCUAGAGCUAGGGAUUAUCAAGAGAAGCAACAAACAUUGAAGCUUUUGCGUAAACGUGCUCUGAAUAAAAAUCCAGAUGAAUUUUAUUUUCAUAUGAUCAAUUCGAAAAUUGAGAAUGGCGUGCACAGGGAAAAGAGCAAAGACGAUACUUGUACACCGAAUCAGAUACAGUUAAUGGAAACUCAAGAUGUUCGAUACGUUGCUCACAAAAGAAACAUAGAGGCAAAGAAAAUAGACAAGCUACAAAGUCAAUUGCAUAUGAUAGAUGCUGCCAACGAAACUGAAAAUACACACAUAUUUUUCCUGGAUAAUACGGAACAAGUCAGAAACUUUGACAUUGCCAAAAAACUGAAUACUCAUCCGGCAUUAAUAUCUAGACGUACGAAUAGACCAGAGCUGAGCAAAUUAAAGAACAUGAAAUUACCAGAAGCAAACGAGGCUAUUUUAAGUAAAAUUGAACAGAGGAAACGCAUGGCUUAUAAAGAAUUGCAGAAAAGGAUCGACAGAGAGCAUCGGUUGACCAUUGUACAACAAAAAUUAGAAAUACAAAGAGCAUUGAAAGAUAAGAAAAUUACCAAACCCAAAUUAGUGUCCAAGGGUACCAAGAAUUCUGCUCCUGUUUACAAAUGGAAAUUUGAGAGGAAGCGAUGAUUCGUUAUUCAUUCUGUAUAAAUUGUUUUUUUUUUUUAAUAAAUGUUAUUUUCGAGGGAAAAA